AUGGAUCCGUUAAGCGUAACCGCCAGCGCCAUUGCGAUCGCAGCACUCGCCGCACAAAGCUGCAAACAAACCUACAGCCUGAUAUCAGGUAUAACCGACGCUCCCCAGAGUAUCACGCAUUCACAAAACCUGCUCAUACAAACCGAGGACUCUCUUGUGGCGCUGGAGCAAUUGGUAACGAACAACAAAACAUCGGCCAUUCUCGAAUCGACAUUGCGAGCGAUUAGCCUCGAAAGGACGCUCAAAUCGACUCGUGAUAUUUGCAGUGAUUUUAGCGCCGCUGUUGCAAAUAUUACCAAACAUUCGACCGAUACGAAAUUUAGUUUCCGAGAUAGAAUUUCGGUGCAUCUGAGAGAGGGCAAGAUUAAUGGGUUCAAUCAGCAGUUGAGUGAUUGUCGGAGAACGCUGGUGUUGGUAUUGGGGUCGAUUAAUCUGAUUCUGUCAAGUCGUACGUCGGAAGAUAUUGAGCGUCUAAGAGAGGAGUUUCAAGCCCAAGAAACAGCUCUUUGGGACCUCAAUACGCAGCUUCGGAAUCAAUUGUCUCUGCCGGUGCCAGACACCGAGACAAAAAUAGAGCAGAACUCGGAUCUGUCUUUGACACUCCAAGACCUCUGCAAAGAAACACUAGCAGCGACCGAGGCAAAAAGAACGGGACAAAGAUUCGGAGACAUGUUGAUAGAAGAUCGCUCUAUGGCAAUGCAAGGGAUCGUGGGCAAUCGGCAAGAGGGAGUCGAGCAGACAUUCGGAAAGUUGACAGCCACAAAGGAGAGUAGAGCGUUUCAGGGACAGAUGAGUAGUGAAGCAUUUGCGGCGAUGUUUGGCGGGCGUUCUUCUACUUAG